AUGCGUCCUUCUGCCCUGUCUCAACACCCCACCUCCCCCGUGUGGGGAGGCACGGGAGGCGCAGGGCCGCAGACCCAUCCCCUUCUUUCUCCCGCACCGACGGCGUCUCCGGAGGGAAGCAGUGCCCGCAGGACACUCUCCGCGCUCUCGGGGGUUGUGAAAUCGCGCUCCGCCGCGGGGAUGCCGAGCUGCCCCCGGUUUUCAGCUUGCGGAGCUCUCUGCUGGCACCUCGCGGUCCUUCGCCGCCCCCAGGAGCCCCCCAAAGAGGGUGCGCUGAUUUUACCGCAGCCGCCAGCACAGGGCUCCCCUCCUCGCUUGGAGCCGGAGACGGGGGGAGGUUGCAGCGCCCUGCCCCGCCCGACGUGUGCGCAGGGGACUACGCGCGGCCGUGCCCAAGGGCUGGGGGCCGCCUGUCCUGGGGGGGCGAGGGGGUGGCCGCUGCCCUCGGGGAGGAGGAGCUGCGCCGGCGCGGCGGUCGAGCUCCCGGGCAGGGGAGACUUAAAGGCAGGGGUGGCCGUGCGGGUCGGGCCGCCGGGGGCGAUGGAGGGGUCUCCCCGGGGCGACGGCUUCGGCGACCGGCUGUGCAGCGCCGCCGCCCGCGGGGACCGCGAGGAGGUGCGGAAGCUCCUGGACGCGGGCGCGGAUCCCAACGCGAUCAACUCCUUCGGGAGGACCCCGCUCCAGGUGAUGAUGCUGGGCAGCCCGCGGGUGGCCGAGCUGCUGCUGCAGCGCGGAGCGGACCCCAACCGCCCCGACCCGCGCACCGGCUGCUUCCCGGCGCACGACGCGGCCCGCGCCGGCUUCCUGGAGACGCUGGCGGCGCUGCACCGCGCCGGGGCGCGCCUCGACCUGCCCGACGGCCGCGGCCGCCUCCCCCUCGACGUGGCGGCGGGGGGCCCGCACGGAGUGGUGGGCCGCUACCUGCGCCACCCACCGCCACUCCCCGCCGCCGCACCGGGAGCCGGGCCGGCCGCGGAGGAGGCUGCGCGCUGACCCGCCCCGGCCGUCCCUCUGACUCGCCCGCUGCCCGCCAUGCCCCCACGCCGCCGCUCUCGAAGCCCCGGAGGCAGCCGUCCUCCGCCUUCCCGCGCCGGGCCCCUCUCUCAUUGUCCUCUGCGCGCAUCUUCGCGACAGCUGGCGCGCAGGGUCCCCCCGCCACCGGAGCACCAGCGAGCGCUCACGGCUGGCGGUGCUCCCGGCAGCCCGACUGCUGGAAAGGGUCUUCCUCUGCUCCUCUUCCCCAGAACUUCUCCUGCACACCCCGGGCAUUCCGCGUCCUGCUCCCGCGAGGCGCUGCACGCUGCUGGAUUUUCUAAGAAAAUGCGGAAAGAACCAAAAUACGGCCACGGGGAGAGCGCCAGGUCCUCCUCCUUCGCAGGCUUGCCGACGGGUGGAUGAGAAUCAGCAAACCAUUCUCCGGUGCUCCAGGGAAAUGAAUAAAUAAACAAUUAAACAAAUAAAUAAAUCGCCAUUUCCCCGCCUCUAUAGGUUGUUAAAUUGAUGCAGUUUAAAAAAGUGAGAACGCUCCGCUUCCCGUAGCGGCUUUCUCACUGCCCGGCAAGACACUGUCUUGAUCUCCAUCAGAUACUUGUUUUACGAUGGUACUGAUUUUAUCCAUAAUCGCACAAUCCUGGAGUGCUUUGCAUUUUAGUGAUACCUUGAGAUUCUUUUAUAUAGCGCACCGAAACAGUGAACACUCUAGCCAUCCCGUUUACAAAUCUAAUUCAUCUUCGAAUCUUCUCCCCUGAUCACCCCGUUCAACUUGGAAAGUCUUAAAGUACUGAACGCUGAUCGAGGUUAGAGUUUGGGAACUACUAUAGAUAUUUUGUACAGAUAUAUUCAAAGAAGGCCAUUCACAUGAGAAAACAAUUAGUAAUCGUUUAGCUACUGUUAGCUUUAACAUCUGGAGAUACCCCGUUCAUCCAGAAUAUCUGAAAAACGAGCUCGGUAUUUUUAAGAGAGCUUUCCGGGUCUCUAAACCAGAAAUUUGGAAAUAAAAACAAAUGACUGGGGUUGGUUAAAAAUGUGAGUCUAUUCACGUCCAUUACUUCUUCUCUCUUUUUUUUUUUUUCCCCCCUAUGUGAUUUCCAUUGUCUACCCAAUGCUCGCACUGCUUACGUGUGAUGAAAUACCUGUUGUUGUUAUUCAACUGUAAGAUAUCGAAGGAUUUGGCUUAAGAAAAAAAAGUAUUGUGUUCAACUAUUAAAUGGUUCUGCCCGCAGCACUUUUCAGUGUUGGACGGUGUCAUUUAUUUUUACUUUGUUCAUCCCUUAUGUCUGUACAUAAACACGUACGCAUACACACAUCGCAUUCACGCAGGUCGAAUACACAGGGCUUAUGCGCAGAUGUGUAUUAUUCAUGCACAGAAAUACUCGAGAGAAAAACAUACAUGAAACUCGAUAUUUUCCCUAUUUAUAACAACUCCAACAGAGCAACAAGAAAGUCCAAUCGCACUUCGUAUCUUUGCACGAAUUUAUGAUCUUUUUAAAAGCGAAAGUUUUGUGUUGUGUUUUGUUGUUUUUGUUUUGUUUGUUUUGUUUGUUGUUGUGUUUGGGUUUUUUUUUCCGUUUUCCUGCUAAAAUAA